AUGAAGCCAUCGCGUUGCACCGGGAUCUACUUCUGGCGCGCUCUUGUUUGUCUUUUGGCGCUUCUAUUGCUGCUUCUGCAAUUCACGACACUUUCGCUCCUGACCGCCCCAACAUCCGUUCUGCUGAUUUCGCAUGCCGGAAGUCAUGGCAAAGGGUUUUGCAAAGCCCUAAAGGUCACGGUGGCUCGGCGAUGCAAGCGAUGGGUUGGAUGCCCCGAGGUCCUUUGUGAGGUAGAUCAUGGCGAGACGAUGCAUCACAAGAGAAAGGGCACCACAGAGUCUCACACAUUUGUACUGCUCAUGCGUGACCCGCGAGACGUGGUCACAGCUUUGCACAAGAAGGGUCCCAAGAAUUGCUCAAGCAGAUUCGAUUGUUCUGUCCAGCGCAUUCGUUCUGUGGCCAACUGGACAGAAGCUCAACACCGCGAGUAUUCUUAUCAACCUGAGGCCUUUAAGCUGUUUUUUGAGGAGGUGGCUGCAGAUCCUCACGAGACCCUGCACUCCCUGGCUGGCUUUCUGGGCAUGGAUCUCUCGUCUGCAACUGACGACGAGAUCGGGGCAUGGCGAAAUGCCACAAAGCACGGCGAAGUUUGUCAGACGAGGUCACUAUACCCGUCGUGGAUUGGUAGCUAUGUCAGCACUGUGAUGCGAGAAGAGCUCUCGCAGGAUUUGUGGAACCGGUGGUCGUCCUGCAAUGUAACUUGGACGCCCGCCCCAUGCCAUCAUCGGGCGGUCUUGGAGGUGCACGAAGGCCUGCAUGGAGAUGUUUGCCGGUGGCCAAAUGGUGGUCACACCUGUCCAGUACCAUGCAGAGACUCGCAGGACAUGCCGGACAUGCGACAGUGCGUAAUAGGCAAUGAGUCAUGCCGAACUGCACACAUCGAAGAUCACUGGCGGGACCAGUUUGUCCCAAAUCCGCUCACGCCGCGGGUGAUGCAUACAUUCUACGAGCCAACUACAAAUGACGACCGGGAGCAUCCGAGGCGACAGACUUUGGCAAGCUGGGAAUACCAUUGGCGGCGAGCUGGCUGGCAUACGCGAGUGCUGGGCCUCGACGAUGCAAAGAAGUCUCCCUUCUACAAGCAACUCUUGGUACGGCUGAACAGGAUCCCGCUAGGGCCAAAUCCAGCUUACGAGAAGACGUGCUAUUUGCGUUACUUGGCGAUGGCGGAAGCUGGUGGUGGCUGGAUGAGUGAUUACGAUACCCUGCCCAUGCAGCUUCUGGCAACGAGUGGCUUGAUGGACAAGGGGCGCUUUACUGUUCUGCAAGGGCACGUACCUGCUCUUAUGUCCGGUAGCCAGGAGGAGUGGCGUCGCAUUUCUGUCUUACUUACUGAGAGUGCAAUACUGAUGACGCGCCAGACGCCCAUGCCACGACUGGUCUCGGACAUGCACGCCAUGGCAGGAUUGGUCAACAAGUCAGGGCUCAAGAAUAAAUCUUUCGACGCCUUGACUUCAUACAACUGGGUGGCAGAUGCAAGCACCUAUGUGCGACCAGAUUCGGAGUGCAGCGACUUCCGCUCUUUCCAUCUGGCGAUCCACGUCUCUCACGCGUCCUUGACCGAAGGCCUUGGGCUGCCCAUGGGGGAAGUGGAGGCCAGGCGUCCCAGAAUCAUGAAGGAGACUAUGGAGCGCUUUUGGAGCUGCAUCGGCUGA